GCGAAACAUGGCUGCAUUGGGUGCUGGCGGGGACGGCGGCGGCUACCGGGACGAGGGUGACGACGGCGUGCUCAAGGCGGCCGUGGAGGUGUUCGCGAAGCUAAAGGAAUUCUGCGGGACCUGGCUGGGCGCAUGAAGCAAGCGCAGACGCGGGGAGGACACGGGCCCUGGCCUCCAGGAGCUCGCGGGGUCUAGGGGGAGACGGACGGGCGGGGUCCGUGUCACCCUGUCGAGUGGGAGUCAGGUGCCCGUGGGGAGGAGACCCGCUCCACCAGGACCUCAACUGCCCGGUCCUGGAGGGUCUUUAUAUCACAGAACCCAAGACCAUUCAGGAACUGCUGUGUAGUCCCUCGAAGUACCGCUUGGAAAUCCUGGAGUGGAUGUGUGUUCGGGUCUGCCCCUCCUGGCAGGACAAGUUCAGCUCACUAAAGGGGGCCCCAGUCGAGGUGAAGAUCCAAGAGAUGGUGAGACUAGGCCAGGAGCUGAUGCUGUGUGGGCUGGAUGACCAGGAGCUCCUAAAGGGCCGGGCCUGCGCCCAGAAGCAGUUGCGCUUCAUGAACCAGCUGCUGGACGGGGUCCAGAGCCUGACUGCCGGAUGCUGCAGCCGCUCCAGCAGCGUGAAGGAACACUUAGAGGACACCAGAGAGAAGAACGAGGUGCUUCUGGGGGAGCUCUUCUCCAGCCCCCACCUGCAGACGCUCCUGAGCCCCGAGUGUGAGCCAUGGUCCCUGGACAUUCAGCCCUUCCUUAGGCAGCAGAGCGGUGCCUGGCAGAGGGCCAGCCCCUGCGUUGAGUCGGAGGACGUGAGCGUGGUGGAGCUGGGCAGGCAGCUGCAGGAGAGCGCCGCCAAACUGCAGGCGCUCAGGGUGGAGCACAAGCAAGGGGGCGCUGUGAGCGGGGCCGACACCAGCACCCUGGACCAGAAGCUGCGCCUGGUCAUCUCUGACUUCCACCAGCUUGUUGUGGCUUUCCUCCAAGUCUACGACGACGAGCUGGGUGAGUGCUGCCGGCGCCCGGGCCCCUACCUCCACCCGUGUGGCCCCAUCGUCCAGGCCGUGCACCAGACCCUGACUUCGUGCAACCAACUGCUGAGAGCGGUCACGCAGGUCACCGACACCUCGGCAGAAGCCGUGCAGAUGGCGAAGCAGCAGCAGGACGAGCGCAUCUGUUGGGGCGGCAGCAAUUCUCUCACGAGUCUAGCCACCAAAAUGGAAGAACUAACUGAGAAAUACAAGAUCUUCAAUGACAGUCUGAAAGACAUGGAGUAGUCUGGGGACUGGAAGCUCUGCCCUGAGGAGCCAGGGCUGGGCCGCAGGGGCAGGGGGCGGAGGGGGGGGGUGGGGCGCAGGGCCAGCCCUGAGGCAGGAGAGGCAGUUACAGCCGCCGCAUGCUCUGCGGGAGCAGCCCCAUCAGCCCCAUUGGCGGCUUGGGCCAGAAGGAGGGAGAGGGCAGACUUGAGCUGGACAGAAAGGAAAGCUCGGGUUCCAAGAAGCCGCCUCCUGACUGCCUCCUCCCCUCUGCCGUCUGGCUGGGGCUGAGGGGGCCGUGGCUCCCCCACUGCUCAGUCUGCCCCUCUCCCCGUGGUGGUGUCCCAGAUCCCGGGCUCUGGGCUUCCUGCUGUCCCAGGCGGCCUUGGCACUGCUUCUGCUCCUGCCCCUGCCUGGUGAAACCCGGGGACACCAAGCCUCAGAUGUCUCCGCCUCGCCGUGGGACCUGACCGCCCCACUGCCGUCUGCACUGUGACUGGCCUUGGGGUCCCACGUGAGGACUCCCUGCAGACCCCGGGCCCAGCCACCGACACCCGGCACCCAGCGCAUCUGGAAUUGAGUGGGCGGGCACGUGUUUCCUCCUCCCUCCCCAGGGCUCCCUGCAGCCGCCUGGGAAAUUCUUGCCAGUGGCCUGACUGGUUGUCCGGGAAGCUGCUCUCUGGGCUUCCCAGGGUGACCCAGUAUCUCCCUGAGCAGUGCGCCUGUCGUGGCCACCUCCCUCCCUCCGAGCAUGGGAACAGGCACCACUGGCGGGGCCUCUGCCUCCCUCAGCCCGGCGGCGGGCCGGAAGGGGCUUGUGGAGGGGCCUCCCUCUAAACACUUGGUCCACCGCACAGGCCUGCCCUGGCUGCGAGCCUCCCCUGCUCCUGCGCCCGCUCCUCCCCGACUUCCCUGCGGCUGCUCCAGACGGGAAGGCUGCUGAGGGAGGGAGGGGGACGGGCGGGCCCAGGGUCACCAUUGUCCAGCUGCUCCAGCAGCUUCACGGUCCAAGGGACCCACGAAGGCCUGUGGCAGGCAGGCCACAGCCAGCAUCUUUGUUGCCUCCUCGUGCCCCUGGUGGGAGGCUGGGCCCGCGGGCACCCACCAACCAAGGGCUGGCAUAGCUUGCUCUGGAACGAGGUACUCGGGACGGUGCCACCCACUUUCUGGCCACGGAGGGCCUUCUUACUUUCUACCUGUCUUGAAUGUGCCUUUUGCCCUUGACUGAGCCAGGUGGGCCGGGAGGGCCCCAGGGCCUGGGCCGGGAGGGGCUGGGCUUCACUUCUCCUCCCAUGGUCCUGGGGCUGGGGUCGCUGCCGAGGCCGCCUCAUACCCCCACCUCUCGCGUUGCCCGUCCUUCAUCACUCGGUGGAGCCACAUUGGGUCCCAUCCUGAAUGCGCCCUUCCCUUUACUGGCCAAGCAUGGCUUGUGCAAGCACCUCUUUGCUGCUCCUAGGCCCCCUUUAGCCUCACGAGGGGCUGCUGGGUCCCCUGUGACCCAGGUGGAGUGGUGCCCUGGAGGGGAAGGCUUGCCACCUUGGUGGGAGGGGUCUCGGCUCGGCUGCCGUGUCCUGGCCCUGCUCAGACUCGCGUUUCCUCCUCGUGCCUGUGAUGACACGUUCUUCCAGCUUGUGGGGAGCCUUGCGUGUGGCCCGGGAGCCUGCUUUCCAAUCUGUAAACAUGGGGCGUAUGUCUCAGCAGCUGUGAGUGAGCGAGGGGGUGGCAAGCCGGCCGCACAGGUCCUGCGGCCUUAGGCCUCCUCGUUGCCCAACAGGCGGCUGGGGGCGGGCCGUGGCCACUGAUUAAAGGCCGCCUGGAGCAGCCUGUGUGGAGACAGGUGCCCAGCAGCCCAAGAAGCCGGCCAGCAGCUGCCCCAGGUAAGCCGGCCAGCAGGGUUGGUGAGGACAGCUGCCGGGAGCCCAGACGCAGGUGACCAGGUUGGGGAAGGCACCUGUGUGCAAGGGAGAAGGCCAGAGGAGGCCAAACCAGGGAGGCUUGGCUGCCUGCUUCCCGACAGCUGACCCUAGGGUUGCAGGUGCAGGGUGCUCUGCCUGAGGCUCCUUGCUAAGGUGUCUCAGUGAAGAUGCCAUCCUGGGCUAGCACCUCCCGGGUCCCUGAUGACGUGGACGUGGCUCACUUUGUGUCUCCUGUACCUGGAGGCAGGCAGCAGAGGCCUCUGGGCCGGGAUCCGGGCACAUCAGGCCUGCCUUUUGCCGUUGACUGGCUGGCGGUGGUCAUGAUGGCCAGGGAGGGACUGGGGCACAGAAUGGAGAGGGUGGCGAGGCCUUAGGAGGCCUCACCGCCGACAAAGGGGUUGGAGCGUUGGCCACGGUGUCGGCUGUGUGUGGCUGGGCCCAGCCAUCCCCAUCACUUCGGCCUUCAGGUUUUAUGCCUUUUGCUCUGGCAGCUUUAGGCUUUGCUGUCCCCGUGAGCACAUCACCAUGUCCGAGGUGCCCCGGGCUGAGACUUUCGUCUUCCUGGACCUGGAAGCCACUGGGCUCCCCAGUAUAGAUCCCGAAGUGGCCGAGAUAUCGCUGUUCGCGGUGCACCGCUCCUCCCUGGAGAACCCAGACCGAGAUGAGUCUGGUGUCCCCGUGCUGCCCCGGAUCCUGGACAAACUCACGCUGUGCAUGAGCCCAGAGCGUCCUUUCACCGCUAAGGCCAGCGAGAUCACUGGCUUGAGCAGUGACAGCCUGGCCCGGUGCCGGAAGGCCGGCUUUGACAGCUCCGUCGUGCGGACUCUACAGGCCUUCCUGAGCCGCCAGGAGGGCCCCGUCUGCCUCGUGGCCCAUAACGGCUUCGAUUACGACUUCCCCCUGCUGUGCACAGAGCUGCGGCGCCUGGGCGCCCACCUGCCCCCGGACACCAUCUGCCUGGAUACACUGCCUGCGCUUCGGGGCCUGGACCGCGCCCACAGCCAUGGCACCCGGGCCCAGGGCUUUAAGGGUUACAGCCUGGGCAGCCUCUUCCGCCGCUACUUCCACGCCGAGCCGAGUGCCGCCCACUCAGCCGAGGGCGACGUACAUACCCUGCUCAUGGUCUUCCUGCACCGCGCCGCUGAGCUGCUCGGCUGGGCAGACGAGCAGGCCCGCAGCUGGGCCCGCAUCGAGCCCAUGUAUGAGCCACCCGAUCGUCCGAGCGUUGAAGCCUGAAUGCCGGGGGCUCGGUGACGCCACUGCCCAGGGGCGUGAGGCCCGCCCCCAGCACCAUGGGCAGCGCCAGCUCUGACCAUUCAGUCGGGCCCUGGGGCCCGGAGCCGGCAGCGGACCGGUGUCCCACUGUCCCUCUCCCCAUCCUCUGAGCUGGCUGUCCCUGGGCCUGCGCGCCUGCUGGGCUUUCUCCCUGCCCGGGCCUGCCCAGCCUUGUAGCCCCAGAGCUCCCUGCUGGCCACCCCUCACCUGGCCUCUCAAUAAACAUGGACAAGUACUCAGCA